UAAUUAGGGGUGGAUUGGGACACAACACAUCUUAAAAGCUUACUUAAUUAGAAUCCUGUCUUAAUCAUCCCCAUUUGUUUAUGCAAUAUCUCCUCAUUUGAUAGUUUUAUAUUAUUUAUCAUCUCAAUAAUUGAUGCCUGGGCUUCAAUGGUUUUGUUCAAUUGGUUAAAGUUUAAUUCGCUGGUAUUAAGCAAAUUAAUCCUCCAAUCAAUGGGUGAUUUAUCUGGGCCAAGGCUGUAUGGCUGCUACAAGUGCCAGACCCAUGUUUGCUGUCAUGAUGAUAUUGUCUCUAAAGCAUUUCAGGCAAGCCGUGGCAGGGGCUUUCUGUUCUCCCAUGCAGUGAACGUGGUUGUAGGGCCUAAGGAGGAUCGGCAUCUGAUCACAGGCCUCCACACGGUUGCUGAUGUACACUGCUGUGAUUGUGGGGAGGUGUUAGGCUGGAAAUAUGUCAAAGCUUAUGAGGAAUUGCAGAAGUACAAAGAAGGAAAAUUUGUUCUUGAAAAAUUUAAGAUUGUUAAGAUCAAUUGGUAGCAUAGAUACUCAGUUUGCGAUGUGGAAUUCGUUUUGAUUGAUUGUUCAUAAGUUCUAAUCAUCGUGUACAAAGAAACUCUUGAUUGUCCAUUUGGAUGGUGGUAUCCUUUUGUCAGACGGUUCGGCAUAUAAUGUUUCAAUCUUUCAGAUUCUCAGUCAGAGUCAUAAGUUCGUUUUAAUGAUUGUAUCAAUGUGAAAAGAUUUUA